AUGAAGCACACACUCAGCAUUGGGGAGAGAAUAGAUGCCUGGCUAGGUUUUUUCUCGAUUGGAGCGGGACUGGGAUAUGCUGCUUUUUGUGGGCUGUUUCGUGGCCCAUCAGGGGCUGAUACCUACCAUCAUCACCUCAUACAAGCGGUGACCAAAAAGCUCACUACACGGUUCACCCCACUUCAACUCCAGUACCUUUUCAGGACUUAUGACCAACUCUACCUGGAUUAUUGCCAAAGUUUACAGAUCGAGCCGAAUUUUAUAUCAAACGGCCGCAGCCUAAAGGGAUUCUGGAUCGGUUCUCCGACGGCCAGAUACGUGGUGAUCAACUUCCAUGGCGGCGGGUUUGCCAUGGAUGCCACAGGUCCGUAUCUUGAAUUCUGGCCGAGUGUGGCUAGAGCGCUUUCCGAGGACGAUAUCACUACCGGCUGGUUCAACGUUACCUACACCCUGACGCCGCACGGCACAUAUCCCACGCAAUUUCGUGAGGCAGUGGAGGCUCUGCGCUAUGUCCUCAAGGAUCUUGGACGUUCACCCUCAGAUGUCCUGCUAGUUGGUGACUCCGCAGGGGCCAAUCUCUGUCUGGCAGUGUUAUCGCACCUGUCCCAUCCAUCUCCAGACGCGCCGGAACUGGGAAUCGCCGAGCCCCUGAAAGCCAUAGUUCUCAUGUCACCCUGGGUUUCCUUCUGCCAUGACUGGCCUAGUAUGAGGAGUAACGAACACAAAAAUAUUGACGCCAGGAAAGUCACGGAGAGAUGGUCGCAGGACUACUUGAACGGAGUAACCACGAACUACUACACUGAAGCACUCGAGGCACCCGAAGCGUGGUGGGAAGGCGCUCUAGUGAAGCAGACCCUCGUACUCGCCGGGGGUGACGAGGUUUUGUUGGAUUCAAUAAUGGCUUGGGUUCGCACAUUUCGCAAAUCUAAUCCUGAUACAACCUUGGUGAUUGGUCAAAAUGAGUGUCACGUUGCGCCCCUUAUAUGGCCCCUUUUCUACGAUAGUCACGAGACGGAACAGGGCCUUGCUUUGAAGGGCUGGUUAAAUGAGCGGUUGCGACAUAGUAAUAGAUAG